AUCUAUAUAUAGAUUAGGGUUUUGAUGGAGAAAGGAAUAAAUACGAAGCCUCCUAAGGGGAGAAUCUAAUGGCAGACUCCGCUUCCGAUGCGAACCUCGGACCGCGACGCCGAGUUCCUCCCCAUCGACCUAGGGGAAGGCUUGCUCCCAAUCAGCACCUAAGGUCCGGCAAACUUUGGAUGAGUCUCAUGUGCGACUCUUGUGGCAACCGCAUGCCCAAAUGGUCUAUGAUUUCCUUCAUACUAGAUGAUUCAAUCUUAGCACAGAAACGGAAUCAUACUUUAGGUUUAACUUGGACCAAGAUCCUCCAUGAUUGCACAAAUCCAAAUUGUUUAGCUGAGAUCACGAUAAAGCGUAAGGGCAUGGAAAUCGUUGUUGAGUCUGGUGCAACUCCGUAUUUCCGGCCGGAGGAUGAGGGAAUAUUGCUUCUUCUGGAGUUGUGGCUUCUAGCUCUUCUUCUGUUGCAGCUACUAAAGAUGGGGAGCCACAAGGGUAAAAUUUUAGUUGGUUGGAGUACAAGUCCUCUGAUUAUGGCACAUUAGACCUUGUUUUUAUACUUGUGGAUUGUGAGCUCUUUAAUUGCAAAAAUAACUUGUGAUAUUUUAAUGCAGCACCUGCGUUGUGAUUCGUCGAAGUUGAUUGUAGAAUUUGCCUGUUAGAGCGUGUUUAAUACUUGGCUUGUUUCUCAA